UACUAGUAUAGUCCAUCUAUCAUCAUUAUUAUUCGGCGUUGGUUGCGUCUUGGUUGCGCGGAGAGGCAAGGGAUCUCCAUCCCUCUCGCUCUGUCAGAUGAGAUUGGUUGGAGUCUUGGAGAGGGACUGGUGCGGAGGAGCGAGCGAGCGAGCGAGCCACCAGGGAUUUCAUUUCGUCUCCGGAGGGCUGAGGCUGAGUGGGUGCCCCGUCGCCGUCGGCCUACACUGCGCGCUCUCUUUUUAAUGCCCCGCCGCCGCACUCGCCUCGCCUACGCACCCUCCUCUUCUUCUACCACUACUUCUUCUCCAGCCUGCUAGCUGCUGCAGCACUGAACGGCGGCCUCUCUUCCGGAGGCUUUGAGUGAUCAGCAGAGAAAACAGGUUAUUGUCUGCCUAACUACUACACAGCAAGAUGUCGGUAGCCAAGAAGGACGAGGUUUGCGGUCAUCCGCUUGGGCUUCGAUUGGGUGAGCCGGCUGCUGGUGUUCCCAUUAAGAAAAGGCCAGUUUUCUUAUCCGACAAAUCAGUUCCAUCUGGAAUGACACUCUCCAUGAAGCCCCCAUCUACUCCGACGGGGAUGUCCGUCUCGGCUCUGGGGGCGGGCUUUAGCAACGAGCCUGUCUUGAAUAGAUCUAAAUCGGAUAUUCCCAAUAGAUCUUUUACUCCGUCGACGAACGAGAAGAAAGGCGUGCUACUUAAUGGCUCAAGCAAGAUCCCCUCUCGCGGAGAGAGUGGUAGACUAGGGAGUGCUGCUCCCGUUGCCAGAUCACAGAGUCACAAGUUUCUGACUUUGGAUUUACAGUUAGCGUCUCGUCAGAAUGUCAAAAUCAACUCUAAUUCCCCUGUCAAGAAAGAGAAACUAGAUCAGGGGUUUUCUAUAUUUCCUUCAGCAAGACCUCCCAAGGAUGUGCAAACAACAAGUGGCAUGGAAUCUUCUUCUAACGCUAGCUUGGGAAAACUAUCUAAUUUAGAUCUUAAUGUAUCACUGGACCCAGUUGAUCAACUUGAAGGUUUGCCUACAAUGCAGGCUGGCUUUAACAUACCUCAUCAUACAACAAUUCAGCAUCAGAAAGCACAGGUUCCCCCAGUGGCACCCUUUUCUUCAGUAAGCAGUCGGCUGAGUCUAAAUAUUGACAAUACUCUGAAACAGCCGCAUGCAUAUCAACUUCCUAAUAAGAGUGUAGCAGCUGAUGUUACCUUAGAUUUGCAACUUAAACCACCAACCAGACCCGAGCUUGGAAUAAGCUGGAAAGGCCUUGCUCCUGAUCCAGAGCUAAGCCUCUCUCUGUCUGGUAAUCACACAGAUGAGCCUAAGGGUCUGAAUGUUCCUGAUGCUAUAUUUACAUCUGAACCUGUUGAAAGAGCCAAUAAGAUCAGCCUGGAGGUUCCUGCACCAGUCUCUGAUAAAUCACCAGCUGAGAAGCUUCUGAAACCUGUGGCGUGUAAUGUAAAUCCUCGCACUACCAUGCCACAAACAGUUUCUGGAAAUGUGGAGAUAAUGCCCAGUAAUUUGGUGAAGAAAGAGCCUGGAGAACCUACAGGGCGACAUAUCCAGAAAAAUGUAGAAAAGGCACCUCUGUUCGUCCAACAAAGUGUUGGACAGGCUAGCAGUAGUGCUGAAUUUGAAAAAACUGGCAACCUAAACCGAGUGUGUGGUAAAGCUGGCUUUGAUUUGUACUCUGGAAAAUUUCCAAAUGGUAGUGCUGUCCGCAAUGGAUUGGAGGUAGUGACUGAUAGUGUUCCUGUACAAACUGACAAGUUGUGUGGUGUUGCUUGCACUGAGAAAGUUAUCAAGCGUGAAGAAGUGACAACUGCCAUCCCAAGCCCUGUGAUUGCAACAGUAAGUGGUCAGUCUGAGUCAUUAAUUGCUAAAUCACUGCAUUUGGAAGGUAAUGUUGCCAGCCCUGUUGCUGGAUUAUGUGAACCAGCUAGUCAACCCACCAUUUCUGCUUCGGGACCUGCAAGCUGUAAUCCUGUUAAAGCUACUACUGAUUGUAAACCAGCAGUUAAUCAGAUUCGUGCUCGCAAAAAUGUGGCCCGGAAGCCUUGUGAUGUAUCCCGAAGUUCCUCCAACCCUACAGCUGAAUCUUUGGUUUUCAAUUCUCUGCACCGUGCUGUACUUGAUGGUAUGUCCCAAGGAAGUGCUUCAAUGGACUUUUCAGAGGAUGGUGAUAAUGCUGUUUCACAGCUGCCUACUACCAAUAAGCCUCAUGUUGAGUCAUUGGGUAAUAGUCAAAUUACUGAGCUUAAUAACUUAAUCACAGAGCCGCGGAAAGAAGGUGAUAGUAAUAUGCAUCAUGACUGUUUGUCCGUGACAAAUAAGGUUCACAUUCAGGGCACUGAUGAUGUGAAGCGUGUUAAUACGCCAGAUGUCAUUGCCACUCAUUCAGGUGAGGAGGAGCAUGAAAGUGAGGUUUCUGUUAAUGGGAAAGCCAAAGACAAACAAUUGUUGACAUCUGAUAAGAAUUCCCCACUGACUAAUACUGACAUUACCAUGGAAGAUGUUAAGAUUUCCGCAGGUGCCAGUUCAGCAGAUCUUACGAGAUCACCUAUUUUGGGAGCUUCAGGUUCCCAUAAAAUAGAUUCUACGAGGCAAUCUCCCAAGACAUCUGAUAACACUGUCGAGAAGUGUAGAAUCCCAGUGAUAAAAUCUGAAAGGAGUCAGUCUCCUGAUGGUAAGCAAGCUGCUAAUUGUAGCGAGGACAAUACAAAAAUUGCUGCUGUAAAGAGUGAGCAUGGGACAGAAAAGGAAGAGAUUGCUAGAGGUUCUAAUUUACAGCCAAACGAUCCAGUUUUGGGUGAAGAUUCACUUGUUGACGGAGCUUCGACCAGUCAACUACAUAAUGAAUCUACAGAGAAUGAAAAAGAUGGACAGGUUAAUGGGUCGCAUUGGCGAGAUGUGGCAAAUGCUUAUGUUAAUAGGAAUGAGAGAUGGGAGAGGUUCAUGCAGUCUGAGCGAGAGAACAAUAGAGAGUUCCAUGGUGGCAGAGACAUGAACAAUCAACGGAGGAUGGACCCACGUUAUCGUGGUCGUGGUGGUGGAUAUCAUGGCCAUCCAAGGAACUUCAGGGGUCCAAGAAUGAGCGAUGAGUCUGAAAUUGACUUCGAAGAUGAACCUAUUGUUGGCAGAAGGAGGCCACAUGAAAAUGACUACGGGCACUUGCACCGAACUCAGCAUAGGCGGCUGCGUUCACCACCGCAUCAGAUGCCUGGCUGCCUCAUGAGAGAAAUGGAGCAUGACAGAUUUUCUGGGAGAGAGAUUAUGGACCCUAGGCUGUUGGAACACGGGCAGAUGGAUGAUGUCCCAGAUGACAUGAUGGAACAGAGGUUUUUCAUGCCCCAUCCUCAUUCACAGCACACUCUAGGUGAUCAUGCAUUUAUCCACAGGGACAGCAGUCAUUCACCUGGUCAAAGAAGGGGCGCCCCCGUGCAUUUCCACCGGGGACGGUCCCCUGAAACCAUGCAAAGAUCACCACCACUAAACAGAAGUGACAGACCAUACUUACCUCAUCAACGCCACAUACGACGCCGUGGUUCUCCAUUCGACCGAGUAGGACAUGACGAGAGAGGUAUGCAAAGGAACAUGAAGCGGUGUGGCAUGCAUCAAGGUGUGGAAGGUGAGACCUUUGAGCCACCUUUACAUCCCGCUCAACUAGCCGAGCUACAUGCAGAGGCUGAGCUUACAAAGAGAAGGAGGUUUGGGGAGAGGAGAGCGUAUCGUCGAUCCUUGGAACGGAGCCCCAUGGGCGGCGACGAGGAGAUGCUCUCGUACCACGGCGAUGGCGACAUCGACUUUGCCGAUGGUGAUGGCGGUCCACGGGAGCCUGACGGCCGUGGCUUCAGGAACAGAAUGGAGCACCGAGCAAGGGGCGAGCAGGAAGAUGGCUUCAGGUACCGUGGCCCUCAGGGGGGGUGCCGUGACGGCAACCCGAAUGACAGUAGAUCGAAGAAGAGGAGGUACUGACCUAGCAAUGAAUGGAUGAAUGAAUCUGAAUCUUCUACCGACUAAUACAUAGUGGCAUUUUGAUUCAGCCGUCGUCGCUUCUGUUAGCCUUGGUUUGUUUGUUGCGUUCUUUCUCAGGAGGUAUGCUGCAGCGUAAUAAUAUCUACAGUGAUACACAUGUUACACUGAUGAGAUGAGCGUCAUCGGGUGGCUGCAUCUUUGGAUCCUGCUUGGUAUAAGCUGAAGCUAGCAGGCGAAAACGCUUGACAUUUCUUCUCGCCAAAUCUUCAAACUAAACGAGAGAUGGCCUGAAGCUACUUGCAGAAGUGUCUCUUUCUCUCUCUAGCUGGGCUUUACCUACUUGCACGGUAUUGGUAGGGCGCCCUGUAUUAAAGUGACUUGUCUUCGCUAUAAUUUGCCUAGUUGUUGGUCUGGAGAAGCAGAUGGGAUACGGUACGGUACGCAUACCCACCCGGUUUGGAUGUGGUUUAAUUAGGACUUGUUGCUGUCUUUGGACCAGACUUUUUACCUACUGUUUAUUAAUGGGUGUGACCUGCACCGCCACCGGGCAAUUUGCAUCGAAUAAAAGUCCGCAGUGUGUUUGGCAUUGCCUUUUUCUUA